AUGAACGUCCUAUCCGAUCGUCGAGUGGGAGGCUUGAAGUAUCAGAUAUAUGCACCCUUGCCACUGGAGAUCGCGAAAGAAUAUGAUCAAUCUGCUAUCCGAUUUCUUGUCAAUGGCCUACGAGAAUACCCAACGGCUUUUGUGAAAGGCUACAAGACUGAUUUUAUACAUCCGGAUAUUUACAAGUCUGGUCUCCCCGCUGCAAUCCGAGAUACUCACGCUAUCUGCAAAGUUUAUGCCCAACAUGACCCACAGGGAGACAGUUGCGAUAUCUUUCGCUUGCUUCGGACGCAGUCAAACAAAAUUCACCGUCAAAUAGCUCGCUCCUCUACAUUUGAGGAGCUUCUUGGCUGUACACAAGCCUUGAUACUCAUUCAGUGUAUCCUGGCUUUGGAUCGGGAUCCGUUAACUCAAUAUUCCGAGACUACAAGUGCCAUGCUGGAAAAACUUGCUAAGAGAUUAUGGGAGCAAGCACCCGUCCUGCUGCCUUCCACGCUUUCUCCACGACAGGCAUGGUUGUUUGCUGAAAGUGUCCGGCGUACUAUUAUCGUGAGCUUGAUGAUCCGAAGUGCACAUUCUUUGAAGACAAGGAACUACUCUGUUCGGACUCCGUUUGUGGACUCAUUGCCAUUUGAUAUCCGUACGGCUCUUUGGGAUGCUACUUCUGAUCAUAGUUGGACUGAGCUGAAUUCCGAGUCCCCUGAUUCAAUGAUCUCGUUACAUGGAUAUUCGUAUGCCAUGGAAAGGGCCCGUGUUCACGAUAUUGGCAACUUUGGUGCGUUAAUUUUGGCUGCUUGCAGGGGCAAGGAAGUCUCGCGAAUACCAUAUCCACCAAUGAACUCCUACAUGCCGACCUGA